UGAGGAUUUGAGGUUGUGGUGAUUAUUUAUGUUAUUGUGAAAGCAAAACUCUAGGAAACUAAUGUCUUUCGUGUCAGCCAGUUCUCAGUAACAAGCCUGAGCCAUUGAAAGCCAUGGUCGUAAGGUUCCUCUUAUAUUUGUCCACCUGUUCUGACAUUUGCAUCUCGUAAGUGGCGUAAAAAAAGGGUUACAUACAAUGGGUCCUCCUCCCAUCGUCACUGGGGUGUCACCUAAAGAAGGUCCGCCUGGCACCAGAGUUACUGUUCGUGGUGAAUUCCUGGGUAAAACACCCCAAGAUCUGUGUGGUCUCACUAUUUGUGGGUGUGACUGCCUGCUCUCUGCAGAAUGGAAGUCACCAAACAAAAUUAUUGCAAGAUCUGGACCAGGGAAAGGCAAAGGAGAAAUUCUUGUAACAACACGUUCAGGUGGGAGGGGUACAUGUACUGUUGAGUUCCGCGGAUAUCAUGAAAUGAUCGGACCUAUGAAAGAAACCGCUGUGUGGGUAGAAGAGGCUCCUCUCCGCAAAAUGUGGUGGGGUCGCAGAGGUUUGACACCAACCACAUACCAGCAUGACGAUCCCCUAGGAAUAUCUAUUGAAGGAGUAGAACAAAAGUUUCCUGAGGAAGGCCUACAUAAACUAUUUCCUGGAGGAUCUGGAGAUCUUUCCUCAGAAAAUUUUGCAGCUGGCUGGUUUCUUCUUGAAAGACACCAUGCUACACCCUUUGAUGAUCUCCGUGCAGGACUUGCAUUCUUAAGACGGAAAGUUGAUGGUCAAAAAGAAGGACAACUCUCCUUUAUUAAGUCUAAUGUUGGCUCAGUUAUGGAGCAAAUGGAUACUUUAGCUCAAUUGAAAGAGCGCUUUGAGGAGGAUGUUGAAAAACAGGGUCAGGACCCCACAGUUCGUUUGGAGGGAGCAAUCAAAGAAUCCAUGCUAGAGGCAAAUAAAUUAUUUGAGGACGUACUUACACGGCGUGAGCGCGCUGAUGCCACCAGAAGUGCACUAGCAGUUCUCCAAAGAUUUCGUUUCUUGUUUGGUCUACCUGGAGCUAUUGAAAAAAAUAUAAAGAAAGGGGAUUAUGAUGCUGUAAUUAAUGAUUAUGCUCGUGUCAUUAACUUGUUUGGGAACACAGAUGUUCCUGUGUUCAAAAAAGUUCUAGCUGAGGUAGAGUUAAGAAUAGCCCAGUUGCGCAAACUUCUCCAUCAUCGUUUAGAAGAGGCUCCCACUUCCCUAGAAGCUCAAAAGAAACUUAUAAGAAAUUUAGUUCAUCUAGAAGAAGGGGGUGAUCCAGCCUGGGAUGCUAUAUCUUGCCACUCACGUCAUCUGACUACUACCAUGAUCCAUUGUAGAGAUACAAACCUUGCCCAAGAACAAGCAGCUUUAGAAGAAGGAGGCAAAACUCCAAAAAGUAGCAAACAAAAAAGCACAAGCUCAUCAAAUCAAAACUCUGACUGGCAGACAAGUGUCCCUGCUAGAGUUCUGCUGACUGAAGAAUUAGCUGAUGCAAUAUCAGAGCGGUUUCCUGACUUCUGGAAACUAGGGCAGGCAUAUUUUACUGGAGAGCUGCAAGUUAAAGUUGUUCCUGGCCGACAACAAGAUUUUAAGAAAUUGGUGCUUGCAUCCAUUUCAUUGUUUUCUGGGCUACUUCGUGCUGCUCUAAUGCCCCACACUCUUGUGAGGACACCAGCAGCUGAACGAGCUAGCUAUGGUGUUUGGCACUCGCGAGGAAUGGAGGGUUUAGGUCCCUGGCUACCCCAUUGUGUACGAGCACUUCGUCAUGCAUACUCAUCCCUAAUUCGUCUUGAUUUACCUAGUGAAGCACUUGAUAUUGUUGCUGGUCUUAUAUUUGAUCUAAGAGUACAUUGCAUGAGCACUCUUUUGAAGCAAGCUGGAGAAUCAAUUCGAAAUUUGCACACUCAAGAAUCAUGGAACAUUCAGUUUGAUGGUGAACAUGGUGGUAUUACACACUUGCCUGCAGAAUGUGAAAGAGUAGUCGCUGAAGCUUUACAACUUGCCAAAGACUCAGUUUUACUAUCAGAGCAAAGGGAGACUCUAUUACUUGAUCCAGAUGUUGUACAAAGGGAUCUUAAUAAUCUAAUUCAAAACAUGUUACUUGGUUUUGUGGAGGUUUUAGAUAAAUUAGCUCUUGGAAGUGAUGCAAUUGCUGGAGAAUCUCCAGGAGUGUCUCAAAUGAUAGGAUCACCAGCAAUUUUUCAAGUUCGCGGCUCUGACUCAGUUCUUGACAAAGGAAGAGGCAAAGACAAAGAAAGUGGACCGGCCUGGGAACAACGUUUGUUGUGUGUACUUAGUAACAUUGAGUAUACACGGUCUAUUCUUCUGCCCCGAAUUGCUGAUCUAUUUGCCCGUUAUCAGCUUCCUGCUCAAACUGGUCCAUUGGCUGCUGUCAAGAAGGCCUUGACAGAACUGGAUCAGAGAGUAUUGGAUGCAUACCUUGAGCAACGGUCUGACCCAUUAGUAGGGACUAUUGAGCCUUCUAUGUACAUUGGCAACUUCAAUUGGCAUACUGCAUUGAAGCCUAUGGAUGUUAGACCAUAUGUCAAAGAGCUUCUAACCAACCUUAUCAGUGUUCAUGCAGAGGUGCACAGCAUAUCUCCUGGUUUAGUUUGGAGGGUCCUCCCUCAGUUGGUUGAAACAGUAGCUGAGGAACUUGCAAGGCUUAUGGUUUGUUUGGACAAAAAGUUUAAUGUUCAUGGGACUCAGCAAGCAUGUGCUGAUAUUGCAGCUAUUCGUGAAGCCGUGACAGUCUACUCCACACCAACUGCUGAGGCGUUUUUUGAGGAAGCAUUGGAAGCUAUUCCACGAUUAAGUGAUGUCCAAGGGAAAAGAAAUGUGGAGGAUGUUUUGAAUAACUUCAGAUCAAGGAUGCGACUUCAGCUAUUGUGUUUCCGAGACCCUAAAACACCAUCUACAAAAUCUGUUUAAUGUUUAAUUGUUACUGUUAGACUUGCUAUUAAUUAAUUUUAGUGAUUCCAUGUUACUACCAUAUGUCAUCAUUUUUACUGAACAUUUCUGUAAUUAAUCAUCCUCAUUUCUUGCUGUUAAGUUCAAUAGGAAAUGCAACUUCAUCCAAGGGGUACAGCGAAUCUGUCUCGUAAAGAAGCUGUAUGGCCCUGGGUUUUCUAUGUGAUAGUCAAUCAAUUAUGAUAGUUCUGAUAGUUCUGUCAAAGUUUUUCAUCCUUAGUAAAUUAGAUAUGUAUAUGCAUUGUAUGAUUGUGUUCAGAUUCAGACCAGCGUGAAGGCCUUAGACAGCCAUAUCGUUAUUUUCAUUAUAUAAUGUUAUUUAUGUAAAUGUUGCAAUAAAUUUAAUCUCACUGGUUA